AUGGCGGUGCUGGUCCUGGCCGGAUACCGCGCAUAGGAGGAUGAGCCGAGUCUGGCACCCGGGGACGUGGUCCGGCAGGUGUGCGAGGGGCCCCCACGCGACAGGCUGCGAGGAGAGCUGAGGGGCCGUUGCAGCCUCUUCCCCGAGCGGUUGGUGCAGGAGAUCCCGGAGACUCUUCUCAGAGCUGGGUAGACGUAGAGACCGCACUGUGGCGCCGCCGAGGUGAACGCCGGGACCCGGUGGCCGGCUGGCGAAGCCCCGCAACUGGAGUCGCCCCCAGCUCGCUUUGGCGGGCGCGGCUGUGGGAGGAGCUUCGAGGCCGCCCUGCGGUCUGUGAUUGGUUCUCGAGUACAAUGCCCCGCCCUGGGGCGGGGUCUGGAGGAGCUGCGGGCGCGCUCUCCGCCAGCCUCUCCCCAGCUAAGCGAAUUCGCGGAUUCGCGGCUUCGGCGGCCUCACUCUCGUCCCACCCUAGGUCGACCCGCCAAAUCUUGGGGCCCCCAAAGAUGGUGCAAAGUGAACUUCAGCUACAUCCCGGAGCAGGCAGACGAGCUGAGUCUGCAAGUUGGGGAGAUUGUAGAAGUGAUAAAGAUUGAGGACGGCUGGUGGCUGGGAGCCUUUCCAUCCAACUUUGUGGAGUUGCUGGACAGUGGGCCCCCAAGCCUUGGUAACCUAGACAUGCCUUCAGUCAGCCCUGCUCCCCAGCGGCCUCCCGAGCUGAGCAGCCUGACCUGUAACAGCCCUCCAGACUACCUGUGGACAGUCUCUCAUCCCAAGACCUACAGGGUCCUGUUUGACUACCAGCCCCAGGCAGACGACCUGGCACUGUGGAGGGGGGAUGAGAUGGAAGUACUGAGGAAGAUCACAGAGGAUAUGGGCUGGUGGGAAGGAGAGUCGCAAGGAAGAAGAGGAAUUUUCCCAGAUAACUUGUUCCUGCCACCUCCAAUCAAGAAAGCCCCAAGGCAAGUGGGAUAUCAGGAAUCAGCUCCAUUUAAGCAACCAAAAACGAUGCCCAAAACAGCCCUCCCCGGAGUCAAGGAACUGGUGACAGCCACCACUGGGCCUGGCAAAACCAGGCCAUCUUGGACACCCAGUGGAGACAGCUGGAAGCAUCUCUCCCAGACUGCUGGUCAGACCUCACACCCAUCACCACAGGAGAAAGAGCAGAGAAGCCUAGCGAAAGCCCCUCCUGCAACUAAAACCCUGACUCUGGACAAGACCCCGAGCCCAGAGAAGCCCCUGUCUCCAGAUAAGGUGCCCAGCCCAGAAAAGACUCUCUCUUCAGAUAAGGCCCCCACUCCAGAGGGAACCCUGAGUGCAGAUAAGGUUCCUACCCCAGAGGAGACCCUGGAAUUCAAGGCCCCAGCCCCAGAGACCUCCCUGAGUCUGGACAUGCGCUUGUCUGUGGGUGAGGCCCCUGGCCCAGAAGUCCUACCUGAAGGUGAAGGCCCUGGUCCAAAGUUGGCUCCUCCUGUGGACAAGUCCCCGCCACUAGAAAAGAUUUUGGCUCCGGAGCAGGUGUUCUCUGAAGAGGCCUUCACAGCACUCAGUUCCAUCACUUCUAUCCGGAGGAAACCCUACUGCUCCCACUACAGUCUUAAGUCCAAGCCAGGGUGCAUGCCUGCUUUGGAGAAAGUGCAUCCCCAGGAAGAGUCUACAACCCUCCCUGAGAAGGGGCCUGUGAAGUAUGCACCCCCAGAACAAGAGGAGGUUCCCAAAGGGGAGGUGACCCCCGAAGAAGUAGCACCUGCUCAGAAGAAUCCACAUGUUAUCAAGCCCAUGCCAGAACCCCAAGAGACUACCAUCCUCCAAUCCCUGGUCCCACAAAAUCCCACGGAGAGCAAAAGUGACAGGGACGACAUCGUAAGGCUACAGGAAGAGGUGCAGUCUUUAAGGAGGCCGCUGGAGCUGAUGGGGGUGCAGCUGGAAGGGAAGCUGGUCGACAUCUGGGGGGAGCUGAGAAGGGAGAGGGAGAAGCGCCUGCUGCUGGAGGUUUACAGGACGCGGAGGACCCAGGAGGCCUGGGCCGGGGCUCGGUGCACGCGCAGACGCAGACUCCCUGAGCGUGAGCCCGGGAGGGACACGGAGGAAAGUCUGGCUCCGGUCACCCGCGUGCUUACACACGACUCUGGGAAACUCAAGAAAAUAAACUGCAGUGUACGCGCGUACCGCGCCUGCCUGGUCCGUGCGGGGGCAGGGGGCGGGGCCGGCUGGCGCUCCGGGCCCUCUGCAUUCCUGCAGCCUCUCCCGGGCACAUCUGGCCAACAUGUGGCUCCCAUUACGGUUCCCAAGGCUUGCGCGCGGCUAUUUUUAUCCACCGGAUGGCUGGGGGUGGGGAGUGGGGGUGUCUCCUUCGGACGCCAGCCCGGCGCUGGAGAAAUGGCCGGCAGGAGGGGCCCAAGCAGGGUCGGGCUCUGCCCGCGGGCGCGGAUUCCGGAAUCCAGCUGUGCGCAGGGGGGCCGCGAGGGCCUGCUCUGGAUCCCCGACCCCUCCUAGUUGGCCCCACUGUCCGCUCCGAAGUACUCACAGGAACGCACCUUGGCUCAGACACUGUCUACCCAACCCAGCUCAGGCACACGUAAUCACGCUGGGGGCUAGUAGCGCCUUAGCGUUGUGGUCAGAGCCCUGAGGCCUGGGGUGAGGUGGGGGAUGUGGGUGAAUGCAAUGAUGCGUGGACCCAAGGCGUUUGUAAGGACCGGGGCAAGUGCGCCCAGGCGUUCCCUGUAAAGAAUGCAUUUGUAGAAGUAGAAUCUGCUUCCUUGGGUUGUGUGGCCCCAGCCCUAAAUGCCAGCAGCACCCCUCUCGUGACAACCAGCCCCACCCCAAUUCCUCACCCCCAUUUGGACACACAGGAUUCUGCCCUCGUGGAGCUCGACAUGUGAAGAGAUGGCUCCACAGCUCUGUCUGGCUUCGAGGACACUGGAGACCAGGCAGUGGUUACACUGAUGGACACUUCUCCUUGUUUGAUUUCUCCGGAGCAUAGAUAGCUGUUGAUCACACCCACCUUUCUGGUAUUUUUCCCUCCCUUUACUCCCAGGGCUCAAAAUAAAAACUAGAGGAAGGAACCAAGACAUUUAGAUAAUGAACCAACAGCUCUGGCGUGUGAGCUCAUGCCAGGCCCGUUCUAGAUGUUGAGGAUACAAGAGUGAGCAAAACCGAGUCCCUGCCUGGAUGCCCCUUACUGUCUUGGGUAUUGCUGAGUGUAAGCCUGCCACGUGUGGGUACCUGGGCGAUAACCUGUGCACAGAACAGAGGCUGAUGGGGGUGGGGGCAGGAGGAAGGCUGAGAGGGAGACAAGCCCCAGGGAUGGCAGCUGGGCAGGCUGGUGUGUGACAGUGGUGGGCUGGGAGUGAGGGGACCUUGUGUGUGCAUCCAGGGCAGCUCGACAGAUAAGGUAUGGGCCAGAUGAAAUGGGCAGAAUUUGUAUAGACUCAGGAGUGGCCACUUCACUGCUGAGGUGAAGGUCCUUCAAGGGUCUGUGGAGUGAAGGAAGAGAUGGUGUUGGGGGAUGCCAUUCUGAAGCAUUUACAGAGAACCAGGGCCUUGGAGAGGUGCCAACCCCCACCCCCAUCACUGUGUCUGCACUUGGCUGGGAAGAGGCUUUGCCUGCAUGGAUCUCUGCCCCUUUUGUGACCUGGGCCUGUGUGUGGUUCCUGAACA